AUGGAUGAACAAACUCUUGAGGCAGCCAUCACUACCUAUGGUGCCCAGUUGCAGCAGGUGGAGACAGCCCUGUCUGCUGGCCUGCACCCCUCCCAGCAGUCAGACCUGCUCAAGCUGAAAGAGGACCUUUGUCAGCUGAUAGAGCUCACAGAGUCCAGCCUGAUAUCUGUCAGAAAGAGUCAACUUCUGGCCAGCCUCGAGGACAGUCAUGGACUGCAGGCAAAUACCUCAGGGGCAGCAGCUAGCAUGAACAGUGCAAACGGAAGUUUGGGAGCUGAGUUUGCUGCUUUCUACUCUGAACUCGGGGAGUCUUCGGGUAGUAGUUCUGAUACUAGAGAGAGGGACAAUGAGGAGGAAGGUGGGGUAGAAGAUGGUGACGAGGAGGAGGAGGAAGAAGAAGAUACACUCAGUGGUACUAGAGUAAGAGCACCUUAUCGGACAACAUGGGGGACACUGGAGUAUCACAAUGCCAUGGUUGUGGGCACAGAACCGCCAGACGGAGAAGAGGCACAAGUAAGGGUGCUCUACGUCUACCCCACCCAGAAGUCUAUGAAACCCUGUCCAUUCUACCUAGAGGACAAAUGUCGCUUCCAGGAUAAUUGCAGGUUUUCCCACGGCGAAGUGGUGUAUGUGUCAGAGCUCAGAGAAUUCCUUGAGUGUGACCUCAGUAAUCUUGAAGAAGGCUCGUCCUGCUUGGCUCGACAUGAGGACGGCAUCUGGUACCCAGCUAAAAUCAAAGAAAUUGACAGUGGUUUCUACACUGUGAAGUUUGACUCACUGCUGCUAAAAGAUGUUGCGGUCGAGGCCGACUGUGUUAUACCGCCUUUGAGAGAAGACGACCCGCUCUCCUCUGACUCUGACCUGGAUGACACUGAAGAAGAAGAUGUGGCUUAUGCAAAAGUUAUGGACUCUGCUGUGGAAUCUACAGCAAUGUUAAACAGUGAAAACUUUGGUGGCUGGGAGGCACAUACCAGAGGCAUUGGAUCCAAGCUUAUGCUAAAAAUGGGCUAUGAAUAUGGGAAAGGCUUAGGAAAGCUGCAGGAAGGCCGAGUAGAGCCAGUCAUGGCAGUGGUCCUACCCAAAGGUAAGUCUCUAGGCCAGUGUGCUGAGUUCACCCAGAGACGCACCCAGAGCAGUGCCGCCCAAGAUGAGACACAAACGGGACGGCCAAAGAGACGAAGAAAGCCUCGGGUCGCCACUGGAGGUCGCCAUACCGUCUUUGACUUUCUCAACCACAAGCUAGGAGGCAAGAGCACUGAUCCUGCUGAGAGGGGUGCUGCUGCACCAUCUGCAGGGACUGGGGUGGAGGCUUACAGGGGAGGAAAAAGCACCAAGAGGAGUCUGAAUGUGAAGCUGUUCCAGGCUGCUGAGAGGGUGUCCCAGACUGAGAGGGAGAUCCAGAAAUUGACUGAAUCACUCAGCAGACAAACAGGAAGGGACACAUCCAGAGUAAAGCAGCUGGAAGAGAAGCUGUCAGCAGCCCACCGGCUGCUGGCCCAGCAGAAAGCCCAGGAGCUGUCCAUCCAGAGAGAAAACAAGAAGGCUGACACACACAAGAAGAUGACUGAGUUCUAAGCUCAGUUCUCACAAAGACUUUGAGGAGAAAGGGAAGCACUGCUUGCCUGAAUUGAACUUUUGUCCCUUGCCUAUUGUGAGUUAUUUGCAACACUGUUUUUUAUGUGAUUUUUUUUAGCAUCAUUUUUCACCAACUUUAUUUGAGCUGGCAGUGGUGCCCACUUUCUGCAAAAUGGAUCAUUUGCUGAAGAUCAUUUCUGAUUCUCAUUUUGUUUUCAAGAAGUGAGCAAUUUAUUUUGUGUGAACAUCUGUUUGGUUUCAAAUUGUACAAUUUUACAAAAUUUUAUUUGUAAUGUACAUUUUCUCUCAGUGUAUUUGCCUUUAUCAGCACUAAAACCCUGUGUUUGUAGAACCUACUGUGCAUUUUCUUUUCUUUUCAGCCAUACACAUUCUACACAACUAAACUCCAGUGUAAAGAACUGUUUCUCUACCACAGAAUUCUUAAUGUGUUCUUUAUUAUACUUUUCUGGAAGAUGUUUCUGGCCAGAUGCUACUCAGAUGGUUAGUACAGUAUACCCUGACUUGGAUUUCUGACUGAUUUUAAAAUUACAUCCUCAGGAGUCGGGAGACCUUUACAGAGUUUCGAAGUGAAGCCCCUCCAUUUGCCCAUACUUCUUACAGGCUCAUACACAGUGUCUUUGAAGCUAUGACCAUAGCCUCUCCAUUAAAUUAUGAAUUUGGAAAGUACCUCCAGCCAGCUCGUAGGUUGGACACACAUUGUAGGUGGUGGGUGGGCUGGGUAGUGAUGGCGUCUAACCUUUAGACUCAAGUAAAGGUUGAAGUCGUGAUGUUAGGUAGCUGUAGAUGAGGUCUUAAACCUUCUUUGUUAGCCUUCUAUGAGCUAUUUCUAAUCUGAAUGUCAUACAGUAUAAUAACAGGGGAAAAAUAAAAGAACACAAAACUAC